AUGUCGGUUCUUCUGCGGGCUGCUGCCCGCUCUAGAACCCUUGCAGCAGCCUUUCCGACGGAAUGCACUUCUCUGGGGCGGGGACAGCGCCUCAUUUCUAGGUCUUGGAACGGAUAUGGCGGCUAUGCAAUCGGUCACAGGGCCAUUGUCACUAGAAGCCCGGCAGAGAAAAGGCGGAUUCGAUUCCGCAGGUCCUGGUCAUCGAUUGCCGUUGGGACUGGUAUACUUACAUACUCACUCUAUCCCUGGGAAGCCCGUGGUCAAGCCCGUCAACUGGCAACAGAUCAAAAAAGAAAGAGAAUAUACUCCGCCGAUAAGGAUGGCUCUUACGGAGAGACGACUGGGGCGAGUCAAACGGGGUCGGGUGCCUGGUUCAACUUUGCCGGAAGCUUCGAGGGCCUUUCCACGGGACUAUCAAAAGUAGCGGAUGUGGACUGGGGUACCGACAAAGUCUUGGAUUAUAUCAUACCGGACUACUUCAGACUGAUCCCCGGCUAUCUGCGUAAACUUCAACGCGAACUUUCCAUGUCGCCAGGCUCGCUCGCAAAUGAAAUAUGGGAGGAAGCGCAUGACCCUUUAGCACAUCCCGAGAUUCGUUAUGCCGCCAAGGUGCGAGUCUCGACGGACCUGUGCGAGGAGGAACAGGUAUUUCGCGAGCACAGGAGGAUGGUGACGCGGGUAGCCCUCGCGAGGUACCUGGGCCUAAAAGAAGAGGAUAUAAACCCGGCAGAUGUCCCCGUCAUCGGCAUGUGCGGUAGCGGCGGAGGACUGAGGGCCUUGGUAGCAGGCGCCGGAUCCAUGAGCGCUGCUGCCGAUGAUGGCCUCUUUGACUGCGUCACCUAUACCGCCGGCGUCAGUGGUUCCUGCUGGCUCCAGAGCCUCUACUACUCCUCAUUGACAAACUGCAACCUCGAGAGGUUGAUUAACCAUCUCAAAGCCCGCCUGGGAGUGCAUAUUGCGUUCCCUCCGGCCGCCUUUCAAGCUCUCAUUUCGGCCCCCACCAACAAAUGUCUUCUCAGCGGUCUGGUGGAGAAGUUGAAAGGGGACCCAAAUGCAGACUUUGGCUUGGUGGACGUAUACGGGAUUCUGUUAGCAGCCAGGCUCCUGGUUCCUAAAGGCGAACUCGGCAUCGAUGAUCGCAACUACAAACUUUCCAACCAGCGCCAGUACAUACAGUCCGGAGCCAAUCCCAUGCCUAUAUACACAGCAGUGCGCCAUGAAAUUCCGGGUGUCGACGAUGGGUCUCCCAGCGAGAUACCCACAGCGACCGAGGAGGCCAAGGAGCAAGCAAAGCGGGAGGCAUGGUUCCAGUGGUUUGAGAUCAGUCCUUAUGAAUUCUUUUGCGAAGAGUUUGAAGCUGGCAUCCCAACUUGGGCCAUGGGCAGAAGAUUCCAUGAUGGCAAGGACGUUGCGUUGCCUGGAGGCUCUCAUCUUCCCGAGAUCCGCAUGCCCUUACUGCUCGGGAUGUUUGGCAGUGCGUUCUGCGCCACACUAAGCCACUACUAUCGAGAGAUACGGCCACUCGUACAGAACUUGUCAGGGUGGAUUGGUUUCGACGAGCUGAUUACGGGCCGUAACGAGGACCUCAGCAAGGUGCACCCGAUCGACCCUGCAGCUCUGCCGAAUCCCGUGUACCAGAUGAAGGGCAAGCUGCCAAAGACGACGCCACCAAGUGUAAUCAACAGCGAAUAUAUCAAACUCAUGGACGCCGGCAUGUCCAACAACUUACCAAUCUACCCGCUCCUUCGCCCCGGGCGGGAUGUCGAGAUUGUCAUUGCAUUCGACGCGUCUGCUGACAUCAAGACGGACAACUGGCUCUCGGUUGCGGACGGAUACGCUCGUCAGAGGGGCAUCAAGGGCUGGCCUGUAGGCAUCGGCUGGCCCAAGGAGACAGACCCGACAGAGGACACUGUGAAACAGCUAGAAAAAGCCAGAGCCGACUCGGAAGCCGAGGCUGACCAAAAGCUUCAGCUAGCACAACAUGAUCAAAGUCAGUCAAAAGUUGAGCAAUCAGGCGGGAAUAAAGACACGGCAAACGGUAAAGAUGGCCAGGUUAAAAACAAGUACGAGCGAGCUGCCGAGAGCCUGGGAUACUGUACCGUCUGGGUCGGCACGACUGAGGAACGCGAGACGGAACCACCUCCACCCCUCAAGACGGCCGAAGACACAGAAAAGUGGAGGCUGAUGGAGCCCGGGGCGGGCAUAGCAGUUGUGUACCUCCCGUUUGUGGCCAACGAUAAGGUCAAGGGCGUAGACCCAGCCACCAGCGAUUACAUGAGCACCUGGAACUUUGUCUACACCCCCGAGCAGGUGGACAAGGUCGUCUCCCUAGCCAAGGCAAACUACGGCGAGGGUAAAGAUCAGAUCAAGGCGACUGUGAGGGCCGUUUACGAGCGCAAGAAGAUGAUGCGUGAGAAGAGAGAGGAGCAGACCCGCAGGGAACAUUACCGACGACUUGUUAGGUUGGGGAUUGCUGAUAAACUAGGGGAGGGCGAUCACUUUAGUUGA